GUCUCUUUCGCUGAGACUUGAUUGUCGCCUAUUCAGUCGAUUGUCAAUGUAACAAAGAUUGGUUUGUUUUAAUGGAAAUGAAUAAAACUGAUUUGGUGACCGUUUGUGUAUUGUGUUUAUUGUUUGUGGUUGGAUCAUGUGAUGAAUUUUGGGAGUGUCCAACAAUAAGUGAAGGAUAUCCACCAAAUUGCGUUUGCCGAUAUGGAUCUAAUUACGAUAAUAUGACAAAUACUUGUCCAAAUCCAAAUUGUCCUACCGCCAGCACCGCUGAAUCAUCUUAUCCCAAUUGCAUUUGCACUCAACCGAAUUUUGCCUACAGUGCCUAUAUAAAUGAUUGCUUUCGAGUUUGUCCGGAACAUAGUACCGGUCAUUGGCCCACUUGCAAAUGUGAUGAAAAAUUUGCGAUAUUCGAUAAGAGUACAUUCAAAUGUCUAACAUGUCCAGCAGAUAGUGAAAAAGGCCAACUCUAUCCUGAUUGCGACUGUGGUAAGACUGGCACGUAUGAUAGUUAUCGAAACGAAUGCAUGAAAUGCCCCAUUGAAGAUUCCAUUGGAAUAUACCCAAACUGUUCAUGCAUACAUAAAAAUGCAACCUUUAAUGAACUUCGAAAUAUAUGCGAAUUUUGCGUUGAUGGAAGCUCCGGAAAAAUUCCGAAGUGUGUUUGCAACAAUGGUGCAGAAUAUAACAUGUAUGCUAAUUUUUGCGAACAAUGCCCGUACGGAAGUGAGGGUAUAUUUCCAAAUUGUCAAUGUUCAAAUGGCGGAUUAUUUAAUGGAUACUAUUGUGAAAAUUGUCCAUGGGGCGCAAUGGGACAGUACGGAAAUUGUUCUUGUGGCGGCACUCAAACGUAUGAUAAAGAAAAUAAUACGUGCAAUGAAUGUCCAUCAAAUAGCACCGGUACCCAUCCAUCUUGUAUGUGCAAUGAACCAAAUCAGUAUGAUAAAGAAGCGAAUGAAUGUUUGCAAUGUCCAGUAAAUUCAAACGGAACGUAUCCAAAUUGUGAGUGUAACAACGGGCUGUUUGCAAAGAGCUAUAGAAAAUGCAUCGAAUGUCCAAUAAAUUCGACGGGCAUUUAUCCAGAAUGUGAAUGUGAGUUGGAAAAUCAUGUAUUUAGCGCGUAUAUAAAUGAAUGCUAUGUCGAAUGUGGAAGUGAAAGUAUUGGAUUGCAUCCGAGAUGUAGAUGUGAGAAACCUGGAUUUUAUUAUGUACCCGAAGAGUUUACAUGCAAGAGUAUUGUCGGUCGCGAGUGUCCGAUCGCAAGCAUUGGACUUGGACCAGAUUGCUUAUGUGUUCAACAAAAAUUUGCAUUCAACAUAGUUUCCUGGAGAUGUGAAAUUGAAGAUGUCCAUUUUGCACACUAUCCCUCUCAAUUCUGUCCAAGUGGUGAUUACAGAUGGCCACAAUGUCCUGUGACAAUCGAUCGUAAUGCAUUGCUGAGUUUGGUUGGAUGAAACGAGACUUUAUUUUCCCAUUUACGUUACAUACAUACAUCAUAUACAUGACAUUUAUUGAUAGUAAUGUGCAUUAUAUUUAAUCAAACAAAUUUAAAACAUGUCAAUGAAGUUUCAAUUUAGAAAAUCAAACACCUACAAACACAUAUCUAUUGGUGAGAUCUAAAAGAACGCAAGUGUAUUCGACUUUGUCGCAAUAAAGGAAUGUAAGUUUUUUCAUGGUUCAAA